UGCAUUUUUAAGCUACUGCCUUAAAUAAAUAGCGAUUAAUAUCAAGAGACCCCUACAAAAAAAUGACAAAAAGACAAGCAGAUCCUGUUCCACUACCGUCUGCUCCUCCAAUGUCUCACUGCUCUUCUUCAUGCAUGUCAAAUGAGCAACAGAUCCGUCUCGACAUCACGUCGCCUAUCAAGAAGCAAAGACACCUCCCCGCUUUGCAGCCAUCUUCCUCAUCCCUCGAUUGUGCCACCUCGUACAAGUACUCGGUUGAAGCAAAUGCUCAAGCUGAGGCAAAUACAGCCAAGAGAAGGCAAAGUCGUACCCGAAACACAGUUCUUGCCAUGGUAAUCGUUACAGAGCUCAUCGUCCAAAUUUUGUCGGCUGCAAUGGUGCCUUUCUUUCCAGAUCACGCGAAGAGGUAUCUCAACGCCGACUCCACCAUUGUUGGUGUCAUAUUCUCCCUGUAUCCGCUCUCUCUUUUUCUAACCAGCCUUGUGAUAGGCAUGGCCUCCGCCCGCUUCGGCCGUGCUUUUGUGUACACAAGCGGCCUUAUCCUCCUUGGGGGCGGCACCGUAGGUUUCGGUUUUUGCAACGACCUCACCUCUAUCAUGAUCAUGCGGGUGGUUCAAGGAAUUGGUGGUGGCUGUAUUAACGUGGCAGGUAUGGCGUUGCUUCUGCAAGUCUCCAUUAACAUUGAGAGAGACGUGGGCCUCGACCAAGCCGCCAUCGGGUUGGGUUACAUUCUGGGUCCUCCUCUCGGCGCCAUUCUCUACGCCUACAUGGGCUUCCGUGACCUUAAUCUUGUCCUGGGGGCUAUUCCUAUUGCCCAGCUUUUCCUCUUUCCCUUCGUCGCUCCCUCCAUCCCCUCCCUGACAUCCGUCGGAGACACGGCCUCUACCGGUACCUCCCCCGCCAAAGACGAUGCGCCCCAGAGCCUCGAGCCUGCAAAAGGGCGCACAAAGCCGCCCAGUGACGACUCUCUCUCCCUCCGCACGCCCAUCCCUACAAGUCUAGGCGUCCCCUCCCUUCUCCUCGAGGCCCCCGCCUCCCUCCACCCCGCACAGAGCUUUUUCGCUCUCACCUCUCUCCCCAUUCUGGUUGUGGCCACCACCAGCGUCUUCGCCUUUACUUCCCUUGGCCUAUUUGACCCGCUCGUCCUCCCUCACUUAGAGCGUGCCCUGGGGGCUUCCGUCCAGGCCGUGGGCGGGACCUUCAUGAUCCCGUGCGUGGUCUUUACGGGAGUCUCGCUCUUUGCGGAAGGCUUUAUGAAACGGCUCGGCUACAAACAAUCCAUUUUAAUGGGCCUGACGCUGAUGGUCCUCGGCUUUCUCUGCUUGGGACCUGCUCCUUUCCUACUGGGACUGCCGUGGACUCGGGUAGGGGCCUGGAUCGACCAGGUGCUGGGCUUCGUCUUCUUCGGUGUCGGGUUCGCAUUCGUAGUGGUGGCAGUCGUUCCUUUGAUGCAUUCCUACUUGAAGCAUGCGGGAAGCGAGAAGGAGGAUUUCAUUUCGGCCGUAAACAGCGCCGCGUCGUCUUUAGGGGAGUUUGCCGGGCCCAUUCUGGGGGGAGUCAUGUUCGAGAAGCUGCCAGCUCGACGAGAGAUCUCGUGCACGGAGGGGGGGGACUUGAAUCAUUGUGAGACGGGCGCUGCGUGGACGUGCUUCAUCUUCGCCUGCAUCCUCGUCCCUGUCAUCUUUUUCUUCUGGUGGCUGGCCCCGGGGCAGGGACAGGAGAUGGGUCAAGAGAGGAAGGAGCAUAGACCAGAUGAGGGGCCAGGGCGAGAGGGGAAAGGCACGGGGGCGUGCAUACCUGUCAAUGGAAGCGAGGACUCCUGGAGGCGGCCGGUAGGGCAAAAGGCAGAUGACGGCAUGCCCCAGCCACUCUCGCGGGACAUAGAGGCCCCAUUCUCCUCCACAAGUGUUUUGAAAAGCCCAACGCGACCGUCUCCUGUCCACCCGCGGAGGCCUGGUGGCGUCUCUACGCGACAACAAGGGGACAAUUGA